GGCGUCUGGUAGCCUAGCAACGGUCUUAGGGUCCGUUGAGCCGCCUGGACCUGCAGCCGCUAGAAUGGAGACUGAAGGGUCAGACGCGAGCAACCCCUACUCAGUAGAAGGCGACAGCCUGCUGCUGGACCUGGACCUGUAUGAUGCUGACAGCUACGACAUCCCAGACCCAGGGCUGCUCAAAGAAAAGAACGAGCUGCUUUCGGAGCCAGGCCCACGGCUUUUUACCGGCAGCUCGCGGUGGCAGAACAUGACCCCACGUGCCCGUGCCCACCAGCUGUGGCUGUUCCUACGUGCGGGCCUCCAUGACCUCGUGGAAAAGGAAAAGAGAGGUGAGCUGUGUGUGGCACGCUUGACCCAUGGGCUGGAGCCGCUGCGCCGCCUGAAAGUGGCAGCUGGGCUGUGCUCGGUGGCCCAGGACCCAGUGGGCAGACGCUUUGUGGUGCUCGAUGGUGCAGGCCACCUGCACGUGCACAGAGAGGACGGAUGGGCUUACGAGAAGCUACAGGCCCCAGCCGCGCUCACGGGGCUGGUGGCAGUGCCGGGCCCGCUGGACGCUGUGAGCCGCUUUGUGGGUUGGGGCCCCAAGGGGCUGGCCAUCCUAAGGCCUGACCUCAGCCUGCUGUGGCUGAGCAAGCCAGGGGUGGGCAGGGUGCCGGGCCACGAGCCCCUCUGCUGUCUGCCAGUGCCCGGCGUGGGGCUGAUGCUAGUGGCAGAGGCGGGUGGCCGCCUGGUGCUCUGGAAGUUCCGUUCAGGGGGUCGCCGCCUGGUGCCGUGUGGGUCACCUCUGCAGCUGCCACCAAGCCCUGCAGGUACACUCACCCGUUUGGCUCUGGGGCCCCUGCAUUCCCACCAAGUCCCACGCUGCUUCGCGGCCUAUGGCUCUGCCGUGCUCACCUUUGAUCUGCACACCUGGGCUCUCGUAGACGUGCGCCGGGACCUGCACAAAAGCGCUAUCUUGGACUUGGCCUACUGCCUAGAGGCAGAGGCCAUGGUGACAGCCUCUCGCGACAGCACGGUGAAGGUGUGGGAGGCUGACUGGCGGAUCCGGAUGGUGUUCCUGGGCCACACAGGCCCAGUGACAGCUCUGGCCGUGCUCCCGAACACGUCCCUGGUGCUGUCGGCCUCGCAGGACGGGACGCUGCGCACCUGGGACCUGCAGGCGGCGGCACAGGUGGGCGAGGUGGCGCUGAACUGCUGGGGCCGAGACGUGGCGUCCGGGCGCGUGAACCGCCUGCUGGCGCCCGCCGGCCCCAGCUGGCCGGUGCUCUCCCUGAGCGCCAGCAGCGUGGAGCUGUGGCGCCUUCGCGAGCUCUACUCGCCGCUGGCGCAGCUCUCUGCGCCAGUGCUUCACGUGCAGGUGGUGCCCGCGCUGCCCGCGCCCCCGCACCCCCGCCUGCCGGCGCGCCUCGUGUGCGCAUGCGCCGACGGCUCGGUCUACCUGGUGUCGGUCGCCACCGGGCGCACCGUGAGCGCGCUGCUGCUCGAGCCCGAUGACUGCGCGGCCUCAGUGCUUUACUGCCUGCCGCGCGAAGCACUGUGGCUGCUGACACGCGCCGGCCACCUGGUGUGUGCCAGCGCGGCGCGCUGCCCCAUGCGCGUGCUGCACCGCGUGUGCCCGCCGCCCGCGCCCGCGCCCAGGCCCUGCUGCCUGCACCUGUACAGCCACCUCCCAGACCCCGGCAGCGCGGUGGCCGGCUGGGAGACCGUGUGCCGGCACGGGGGGGAGCCGUGCCCGAGCGACGCGGCCCGGGCCCGGAAGGACAAGAACCGGUACCUGCCCGUCGUGGGGCACACGGAUGGCACCCUGUCAGUCCUGGAGUGGCGCGGGUCGAAGACCGUCUUCCAAACCGAGGCACACAGCCCGGGCCCCGUCACUGCCAUAGCGUCUACCUGGAACAGCAUCGUGUCCUCCGGCGGAGACUUGACAGUGAAGAUGUGGCGCGUCUACCCCUAUGCGGAGGAGAGCCUGAGCCUGCUGCGCACCUUCUCCUGCGGCCGCCCUGCGGUGGGGCUCUGUGCGCUCGGCAAGCGGAUCACUGCGGGCUUUGAGGAUCCGGACAGCGCCACCUACGGCUUGGUGCAGUUCGGCCCGGGCGACAGCCCCCGCUGUGAGCACCGGCCCCAGGAUGACCCCACGGACCACAUCACUGGCCUGUGCUGCUGUCCCGCGCUCGAGCUGUAUGCCUGCUCCAGCCUGGACUGCACCGUCCGCAUCUGGACGGCAGAGAACCGCCUGCUGCGGCUCCUGCAGCUGAAUGGUGCCCCUCAGGGCCUGACCUUCAGCAGCAACAGUGGGGACCUGGUGUUGGCUCUGGGCUCCCGACUCUGCCUGGUAUCUCAUAGGCUCUACCUGCCCACAUCCUACCUGGUUAAGAAGCUGUGCCAGAAGGUCCCUGAUGUGGUACAUGACCCUCCACUACCACUGACCAGCCAGGAGUCGCUGACCUCAGCCCAGCUGCAGAGGCUCGCCAACCUCCAUGGGGUGGCCAGUCUUAGCACAGACUCGUCUUUCAUCCAUCGCCAGACGGCAACACCUCAGCAGCCAGUGUUGGAGGAGGACUUGGAAGCCCUAGUUGCGCGGGAUCAAGACCUUCAGCAGCUGAGUCUGGGGCUGGUGGUCCCGGCAGCCCAGCCCCCACCCUCCUGGCACGAGCGGCAGGAGGCGUUUGACAACUACUUGCACCUGAUCUAUGGUCCUGGCUUGCUGGACGUGCCUUCUGGAAGAGAGUUCCAGCGGUGGAGUACCGUGACCCUCACCAUGGAGAGAGAGACCUGGGAUGUGUGUACCUUACACAGAGCUGCCAACUGUCUUUGGAAGGCCGGAGUCUGCACUGAAGUCCCGACAGUGCCCGCAGCCCUCCCCCGACAGGACCCGGGAGCCGUGGGCCAGCGCUUUGCCCACCCUCCCCGAGUCCCCUUGCCUAUCCCACCCAUACACCAGGGGAUGCACAGCAAGGCAUCCCAGCUGCUGGCCCGUUCCUCCCUGAGCAGUAACCUGGGCCUCAGUCUGGACCUGCAGCUGCAUUUGGAGCGGCUCCAAGGGGAGAAGCCUGUGAUCCCAGGCCCACCGGCCCUCCACCUACAACACAGGGGGUGCUGGGUCCCCCUCUUGAUGAAGAGGCGGCCCAAGGAGCCUCUUUCCAACUUCCGAGGCUUCUUUCCUGCCACCAUUCGGCCCUACAAGGACUUGCAGCGGCCCAUCAGCUUCCCCGGCAGCGUGCCCAACUCGGUGGUGCUGCAGCAGAUGGGGCUUCACCGGGAGGUCAGCGGCCUCGGAGCCCUCGCCCAGCUCACCAGCCGCAGAAGCAAGCCAGGAAGGCGCCAGGAUGACCUGUGGCUGCCGCGGCGCAUCAGGCGGCGCGCGGCCAGGUGGCAGCAGAAGCUGACCCGGUGGUUGGGGGAAGAGGAGGAGGAGGAGCACCGGUAUGUGGACUGGUCCUCAGAGACCCUGAGCCCACCUACGCAGCUCUCCGAGUCCGAGGAGACGGAGGCUCAGAACUCCGAGUAUUUGACCCCGAAGCGCGCGCACUCUCGCACCGCCACCAGGACCGAGACCUGCUUUCGCCACCCCCGGCACCCCUAUGGGCACUCGCUCUGGGAAGAGCGCUACGGGCAUCUGCCCAGGUUCCUGCAUUUUUUCGUCGGCCAGAACUGGUUCAAAAAGCUGUUCCCCAUCUUCACCUUGGAGGCCUACCCCGAGGUGAGCACUGUGGAGGGCCUGGCUUCACUGUUCGUGGACCUGCUGUACGAGGCCUCUUGGGCAGACUGCGUGCACAUCCUGAAAGCGCUGCUGAGGCUGCUGCCCGACGUGAGCACAGACCUUCGUAAUCAGCUGCAGGGCGUUCUCGUGCGCCUGCUCAACCUGGACCAGCCCCCUAGCCUCGAGGACCAGACGCAGAAGCAGUUCGUGAUGCUGGCGCUGCAGCUCCUCCUGGCCUGCUCCCUGGAGUCCCGCGAGGUGGUGCUGGAGCUCAUGUCCUACUUCCUCUACUCGCCUGCCUCCCGCCGGCCCGAGCUCAGGAAGCUGCUGGACGGGCUAGGCCUUCAGGAUCCGCAGGGCUUCCUGUUCAAGGAGAUGAUGACCUGGGUCCAGGGCCCGGACGCUGACUCCAAGGCUGCCCUGCGCAAAUGCUGCUGCCAGAAGCUGGAGGAAAUGAUCCAGAGGUUGCAGGAGACCCUGUCGCGGAUUUCAGUGCUCGCUGGGUCACCUCAUGUCUCAGGGACACCCUCAGUCCGUUCCUGGGUACCCUCACCCGGGGAGCUGAACUUGGCUGUCCUUGAGUCCGGAGCGAAGCCGAUGCCUUCACCAGCGCGCCUCCGGCGGACCAGACGCGCGCUGUCCGAGGCGCUGCCGCACUUCUGCCCCUCCGAGGUCCACCUGCGCUCCUCAGCACCGGCGGCGCUGCGGGGGGACCCACUGCCGCUGGAGCAGACGGACUGGUCCCGGUCACAGAUGCUGGACCUGGGGCCGAUCGACGCGCUCAACUUCUUCUGCGAACAGCAGCGAGCACAGCAGCAAGGUCUCCCGCAGGAGGAGCUCGAGAGACUGCGCCUGAGCCCGUGCCCAUCCGAGUCCAACACCGUACUGCCCCAGCCCCGGGAUCACUGGCACUAUCCCAUCCUCCGGCUUCAGGAGGCCAAGGUCCAGAGGUCUCCGAUGAGACUGAGGGGCUGGAUGCGGUCCCAGCUCUGGGUGGGCCGUACCCUCAGUGGCUCCAUCCGGAUGCUGAAGCUGCCGCUGCCGAGGGUAGAAGUUCAGCCUUUCCCCCCGGACUGGCCCAGGCCUGCCCGUCCGCUGCCCCCACGGCUCCUGCAACCCACCUUGCAGCGCUACUUUCUGCCAGAUUAUACAGACCCUGACAGCUACAGCUGACCAGGCUGGUGGCCCCAGUCUCUUCUUCCCUCCAGCAUGGAGUCGAGAUGUGGCUCUCCAGCCAGCUGUUCUCCCCUGGAAAUAAAGUCCAGAGGUCAUGGCCAGAAAAAAGGGUGCCGCCGUCAUCUUUGGGGGCUGCAAGUGUGAGCAGAGCAGUCUCGAUGGUGGAUGAAUCUGCCAGUGGCCAGUUGCAAGGCAGGAGCGGGGGGGCAUGGUGGAGUCUGGCAUGGUCAGCCCUUGGUGGAGCAGCAUUCCUGGUGGGGGUGGGUCUGUCUGCCAGGAGCCGGACCCAUUGCGUGGCCAUGUCCUGCUCAGGGACUCAGCCUGUGUUUAUCAAUAAAUUACUGGGGUCAAGAUGGCAGUGGGGACUCCUGGGCCAGUGAGUGGCCAAGCAUGGAGGGACUGGGAGGGUCUAGGCCACACACACACAUACGUGUGUGUUUAUCUGUGUAUUGAGUGGGGUGGGGGGCCUGCAGACUUCAAACCAGAGUCUACCCUUGGCUGGAAGGGAGAAGAAUUGAUGGAGUCUCAUGUGCUUUAUUCAAGAAGCAAUAAAGGGGCAGCAUCCUUUGGACCCUUCUAUCUAAAAAUUGCCACGAGACCGAACUUAUAUGUGAAGUGCAGGGUCUCAGAGGGCCUUGGCUUCUUUCUGAGCUGUCGGGACCUCCCAGGGCACUGGUCCCACGGCUUGUGGGGCACAUGGCACAUGUGUGCACUUGCUAUUAGGUCUGCCUUUGUUUUGUUUCUUAAAGAUUUAUCUAUUUAUUAGAGAGAGCACAAGUGGGAGGGGCAGAGGGAGAGGGAGAAAGAAUCUGUAGCAGACUCUGCCCCGAGCCCAGAGUCCAACAUGGGGCUCGAUCCCAUGACCCUGCGAUCACAACCUGAGCAGAAACCAAGAGUCGGAUGCUUGACUGACUGCGCUGCCCAGGUGCCCCGGGUCUGCCUUUGUGAAGGGCUGUUCUAGCUUUUACAUCCUCCUUUUGGGUCGUUGAAUAGCAGUUUCUUCCCUCUGAAUGUGUUCAGCCUCCGACUUUAGAAGUUUUUUUCUCAGUGGUAUUCUGGAUAGAAUUUGUCUCCCAUACCGUCCCCACAACCCCUGUGCCGGGGCUCUUGUUGAGGGGCUGUGGAGAGGGUGGCCAUUUCCUAGGCCAAGUAGGGCAAGAAUUGCCAGGUCUGGAGAACCAAAGACAUGACAUUUGUAUAAAAGGAUCCGUGCCUGCUAAAACAAGGACUGUGGGACCGAUAGUAGUCUGCUUCUACAGGUGUUUCCUUUAAAUUAUAAAAGCAAUAAAUUCUUUUAAAAUUACCAA